AAGACGGAAAAAUGAGAGCGGGGUAUUAAAUGUCCCGGCGCCGGUGACUCACCGUCACAGCAUCAGCGCAGCGCAGCGCGUCACGGGAAUCGAUUAUUGAUUGAGAGAGGACCUGAUCUGUCACACAAGGGUUCUGUUGGGUGACACGAGCUCAAACUGAAGAUUUAACGGAACCUUUGGACUUCGCUCAGUUUUCACGUCGGUCCCGUCAAACUUUAUUCCGGGAGUCAUAACGGCAGCCGUAAUGCCGCCGGUGUUGACCAUGUCCAGCAGGAACUACGACUACGACUAUGACACCGUUCAGCCCUACUUCCUCCUGGAUGGCGAGGAGGAGGAGUUCUACCUGCCUACACGCAGCCACCUCCUCCCCGGCCCCGGAGAGGACAUCUGGAAGAAGUUCGAGCUGCUGCCGACGCCUCCCCUGUCGCCCAGCCGGAGACCGUCGUUGUCCGACGUCCCGCUGUCCGCCGCCGAACACCUGGAGGCGGUGUCUGACCUGCUGGACGAUGACUGCAACCCCUCUGCUGCCCUCCUCCAGUCCUUCAUCAUCCAGGACUGCAUGUGGAGCAGCAGCUUCGCCGCCGCCACCAAGCUGGAGCAGGUGGUGUCCGAGAGGCUGGCGUCGCUCCGGGCCCGCCGGGACUCCUCCACAUCCAACAGCACAAAGAGCAGCACAGGCGGAGCAGCUGGUCAGCAGGUGAUCAGCUCUCAGGUGAGCUCAGGGUACCUGCAGGACCUCCACACAGCAGCGACGGACUGCAUCGACCCGUCUGUGGUGUUUCCAUACAGCACGCUGAGCGAGAAGGGCGGCGAUGAAGCGCCGAUGGAGGUGACGUCAGAGCUGUGUCUGGACUCACCGCCACUCAGCAGCAGUGACAGUGAAUCAGAAGAAGAAGAAGAAGAAGAAGAAGAAGAAGUAGAAGACGGCGGUUUGGAGGAUGAAGAGAUCGACGUGGUGACGGUGGACAGGCGGAAGACGUCACGGCGGUCAGACGGCAGCAGACAGAACGCCUCCCCGCUGGUCCUGAAACGCUCCCACAUCAACAUCCAUCAGCACAACUACGCCGCACAGCAGCCAGCGAGCCAUCGUCCAAAACGGUCAAAGACUGAGAACGGCUGCCCGGCGGCGCCACGGCAGACCGGCGGCCGCAGGUGCUGGAGUCCUCGGUCCGACGGCGAGGAAGACGAUGACAAACGCAGGACUCACAACGUGCUGGAGAGGCAGCGCAGGAACGAGCUGAAGAUGAGCUUCAUGGCUCUGAGAGACGAAGUCCCGGCAGUCGCCAACAACGACAAGGCGGCGAAGGUGUUAAUCCUGAAAAAGGCGACCCAGUUCGUCACGGAGAUCAGAGAGGACGAGAGGAGGCUGCUGACGAUGAAGGACGAGCUGAGGAAGAGGAGCAGAGAGCUGAAACACAGACUGGAGCAGCUGAGGACUUUACAGUAACUGUGUUUGUCUUAAUGUUAGCUUGUUUUUUAAUUGUUUUCAUGUGAGAAACUGAACUCAGAAUAUCUGAGUGAUGAUAAACAUCUUUUAUAAAUAAUUAUUAUGUUUUGUAUUUACACAUGUAUGGAGGACUAAAACUGCCACAGGACAAAAUAAUUAAAGUAACAAAUAAAAGGAUAAACAAAUCAGUACCAUCUAUUUAUUAAUUUAUUCUUUUUUUGUCAUUUAUUUAUUUAUGUAUUUAUAUAUGAUCUUUCAAACUACUACGGGAAGAAAUUUUGAUUUAAAAAUUAAAAACUUUAAAAAAUAAAUGGGGAAACUAAAGAGUUUAGAAAAAGUAAGAAGCAAAUACAAACUGAAUCUGUUUUGAUUUUGUCAGUGUCAGUCCUCCGUACAGGAACCUGCUGGCUGCUGGUUGGUCAUCAGACAAACGUGUCUGUUUCUUUGUAUUUAUUUCAUUUCUAUUUUUUAUCCUCUGCACAUUUUAAUUUAAAAAUGUUGUUUUGUUUAAAAAAUAAAUAACAAUUCAGAUGUUUGAUCUGGAAAAAUACAUUUCAAUUCAGCAUCUGACUGACUGUGUAACACUGAUGAUGAUCAUGAUCAAUAAUUUAAUAUUAUUUAAUCAAUAAUCACUCCCUGAAGCAUGGACUCCUUGGUAUACUUUUUAUUGUGUUAAAAUAGUCUUUAUUUUUAUAUUUUCUUCUUCAGUUGAUUUUUAAACCAGCUGCACCAGAGGAAGUACAUUAGAGGCACUGCAAACUCUUCAAAAUAAAAGCCCUUCAGGUGUUGGAGGUUUGUCAAUCAA